AUGUGGAAAAGUACAUUUUCUGAACCACCAGAAAAAUACACACAAGAUAAGGAGAGGCAUAAAUCUACAUUUUUCUCUCUUUUUAACAAAAAAAAAAAGUCAAACAAAUCAGGUUAUAGUGCCUCUGAAAAUAGUAUCCAUUUUUCUAAAAGUCAUGAAAAGUCAAAAGACAAAAAAAAGAAAAAUGGACAUUCAAACGAAGAAGUAAGUGAUAGCGAAAUGACAAAAAAUGAAGUCGAACACACGAAUAUACCUAAUAGUAAUUAUUUUAAAAAUUAUGAUUCUAAAAACAAAAAAAGAGAAAGUUUUUUUCAAAAAAUUAAUAUAUUACGAAAAUUACGAAAUUAUAAAAUAAAAAAAUCUGCUACUACAUUUUAUAUGGAUCAUGAAGAAACUUCGUCCUUAGGACUUGACUAUGAACAUAUGAGAAAAAAUGAAUACGUAAAAAAAAAAAAAAACAGUAUAAAAAGUGAAUUUAUUAAUUUAAAAAACAAAGCACAAUCAUUGAAAAAUAGUAUUUAUUUUAAUAGCAGUAAGAACAGCAUUGAAAAUGAUUACUACAAUCGAAACAACAAAGAAUAUAUGGGAAAAAAGGUAUAUAACAUUUUAAAUUUGAGUAAAGACAACUCUAAGCAAUUCAAUAAUCCAUAUUCUUCAUCAGAGAAAGCAAAUUCAUUAAUAACAAAUGCUAAUAUUAUAAAUAAAAAAGAUAAAUAUGGAGAACACGAUUUUUCGAAUGUAUCUGACAUAAGUUAUUUAUCUGAAAAAAAAAAUAGUAACAACAACAAUAAUAAUAGUAAUAAUAUUAUACAUAAUAGCAGUAAUAAUAGUAAUUUAGAAAGGCAUAAAAGUAACCACCGUUUUGAACAAAAAUUUGAUGUAGAUAUGUGGAAAGAAAAUAAUAAUUUAGUGAACGAUAAAAAUCAUGAACCCCAUUUUGACGAUCAUUCUUUUAAUAUUAAAAGAGAGAAUGAAGGUAUACUUGAAAAUUAUUAUAAAGACAAAGAAAAGGAAAAUUAUGGAAACAACAACAACUUACAAUCAAAUCAAAAAGACACCACAAUUAGAUCAAAUUCUCAAAAUGGGGGAUUUGACAAUGUAGUUUCUAAUACCAUCCAUAAUAAAGAAAAAAAUGAUAAUAAUAAUGUUAGAGAUAUUAGUGAAUAUAUUAAGAAUGAAAAGACUGAACAAAUUAUAGAUAAAGACAAAGAGAAAAAAAAUAGUGACACCAUUAAAGAAAAUGAAAUAGAAAAGAAAGGACAUAAUAUUAAACCAGAAACAAAUUAUAAAAAUAAUUUAUCCAAAACAAACAAUAUAUAUACCUCUGGAUUUAUUCAAAAUAGGACUGAUAAUACUAUAAAUAGUGAUGAUAUACAAAAAGAGAUGAUAUUAAAGUUAAUGUAUAACAACAAAGGAAUAUAUUUUAAUAAAGAUAAAUAUAUAGAUAACUCCAAUAAUAGGGAAAAUAAUAUAUAUAAAAAUUAUACAGUAAAUAAUGAAAAUAUAAAAUAUAUUACCCGCAAUAGAUCUAAUAUAAAUUUCAAAAAUAAAGACAUAUUAAAUGUAACCAAAAGUAACAAAAAUGAUAAUAAUAAAAAUAUUGGACUUUCUAAAGAAUAUAAGCAUGAUAUUAUUAAUGAUGAGGAUGAUGAAAAUAAUAUAAUUAAUAAGUAUAUAAUUAGCCCAUUAUAUAAUUUAUUUUCUCAAACAAAAGAUGAAGCAGAAAAAAAAUUAAGUACAUCGUAUAAUAAAAUAAGUAGCUUACCAUAUCAUCAAAUAUUUCAAAAAUAUACUAGUGAGAUCCAAAAAACAUACAAAACAAUGUAUGACAUAUAUGAAAACCCCAAAAUGUACAGUAUGGAAUAUUCGAAAAAAUCUUUUAGCAAUACGAGAAACGGUGCAAUUAAUAACAACCAUAGCAAUGAAAAUAAAAAUGCUAAUGAUUAUAUGGAUUGGAAUAAUAAAUUCUAUAGAAAUACUUAUGCUCAUGCCAAAUCCAAUGCUUAUAAGAAUAUUGGCAUGAUUAGUAAAAAUAAUACAAUUAAUUCACAUGAAGGUUUCAAAAAAAAUGAAAUGAAAGUUAAUAAAACAUACAACAAUGAAGAACAUAAAUUAAACAUACUUAGUAGAAAAACUGUAGAACCCGUGAUUAAGAUAUAUGACACAAAUGGGUCAAAUAAAUUGAACACUAAUCAUCUAUGGAAUAAUAAUGAAAUCAUUAACAAUCCUUCUGUUUGUAGCUAUAAUAAUACAAAUCAAAUUAUACAAAAAAAAUUGUUUAAUAUUAACGAGUUACAUAGCAGUAUGGGUAUGAUAAAUAAUAAGAGAGAGGACCUUAAGUAUGAACAAAAUCAAAAUAUAAAUUUUCUAACAAAAGGUAAUAAUUUUUAUGAAAAUAAUUUAAGAAAUAAUAACAAUUAUAACACAAUAAAUGCCAAUAUUGUUACUAAUAUAUAUCUAUCAGAUAAUUCAAAAAAAAAUAAAAGUAUUAGUAAUAGUUGCCAUUUAUUUAAUAAUAAAAAUGAAAUGUCUAAUAAUUCUAAUAAAUAUUAUCCAUGUAAAAAUGUUCCAUAUAAUAAUGUAUUAAACAAAUCAAAUACAUUACAUGGUUAUCAUUUUUGUAAUAAAAAAAUGAAUACUAACAGUUAUAAAAAUAUGAAUAUUCAUAAUAAUGAAAAUUAUUAUAAUCAUGAUAUGUGGGGAAUAAGAUCCAAUGAUAAUAGUAAACAAAAAUAUGCCCCUUUAAAUAUGAAUAAAAUAGAUUUAUCUAAGUCUAUAGGGCAUUAUCCUAUUCUUCAAAAAUCAAAGACAAAUAUAAAUAGUUCUAUAAAUAAUACUAAUAUAAUAAAUAAUUUGAGUACAAGCUUAAAUGAAUAUAAUAGACAUCCAAUAUAUCCUAAUGGCAAUAUAUAUAAUGAUAAUAUUGCUAUACAUAAUAAAUAUACAAAUUGUUAUGAACCCAUAAAUAAUGAGAAUAUUUAUAGAAAAAAUUAUGUACAUAAAAAAAGCCAAUCGUUAAAUCAUAGAUUAUUAGACUGUUAUGGAUUUAAAUACUCAAAAUUUGAAAAUGAUAAAACUUGUGACAAUAAUUUUUUUAUUAAUAAACAAAAUAAUGGUUUAAAAAAUGUUUUAGAUAUACAAAAAUUAUCAAAAACAAAUAGUGCAAUAGAGAAAAAUAUUAUAUUGCCUACUGAAAAUAUGGAUAUAAGAAAAAUAAAUUAUACUAAUUUACAGUCGGAACCAAUUCACCAUAACACUAGAAAUGCUAAUUUGUGUAAUAGCUACGAUCAUCAUUUGGCUAGUUCGCAUAACAACUAUCUAAACAAUGGAUAUAUAAAAAACAUACAAAAUACAUGCAAUAAUAGUAUGGCUAAUAGGAAUUUAUUUGCUAGUGGAAAUAAUAGACUAACCAAUAGCAAUACAAAUAACAUGUUUAUAAAUGGUUGUAAUAAUAUACAAAAUAAUACCCAUAGAUAUAUAAGGGCAAAAAGUUUAAAUGCAUUAAGGGAUUCAAUUUUACAUUCUAAAAGUUUAAAGGCUUAUGAAGAUUAUUGCAUAAAAAACAAAAAUGAAAAUAUAAUUAACCAUGAUUAUGAUAUGAGAGAUAUUUACAAAAGAUAUUCUUAUAUAGGAAAUGAAAAACGUGAAAUUCGUAACGACAUAAAUAGUGAUAAUAUAAACUCAGCAUUAAUAAAAAACCCUGUUGAUGAGACAAAUGAAAAGACAAAUAAUAUUUUGUUAAAUGAUAUAAAUAGCCAAAUAGUGCAUAAAAAAAAUUAUAACAAUGAAAAUGAUAGUGAUAACGGUGCUUCAGUUAUUAUUCAGCAUUAUACUGUAAAUAAUGCUGAUAAUAAUAAAGUUGAUGAUCAUGCUUUAAAUUCAUACAAUAUUUGUGAGGAAGAAAAAUCACUAUGGAUGCCAAAUCAAUAUAAAAUAGAAAAAGCAAUACUUAAAGAGUCACCAGAAAAUUAUAUACACAAAGAAGAAUUUCAAAAUGAGUUCAUUAAAUGCGAAAACAAAUUUAUAGACAAUGGAAUCAAUCAAUGUGAUGAAGAUAUGCUUUGUGGGGUAAUUGAAAAAAAGGAAAAUACAAACUGCAAUAUUAAUGAUGACGAAAAAAAAAAAUCCAAUGGCAAUGUGGAUAAAAAUAACAAAGAUAUGAUAGAUAUUUGCAUAAAUAGUUCAUCAGAAAACUGUUAUAACAAUAAUAAUAGUAAAUAUACCAUUGAAAAAGAAUCAAACUAUUUGAAAGAUGUUACACAUGAUGAUUUCGAGAAUACUACAAUGACUAAUAUUACUAUUGCUAAUGCUAAUACUAUCAGUUCGAACACUUUCGAAAAUAAUAUAUCUACUUGUGAAAUGAUCAGCAAUUAUAAUUUGCUUAGGGAAUAUCGUAAUAUUGAUAUUAACAUUGAUGGAGACAAUGAUACAAAAAAAGAGAAAGAAAAAUACGAUCAUAAAAACAAAAUUACAAAAUUUACUAACAAUAGUAGUAAAAUUGGAAAAAAUAAUAAAUUGUGUAAAUUAAAAAAGGAAAAUAUAAUAAAAAAAAAUUGGAAAAAUAAGGAAAUUGAAGAACUGAGCGAAAAUGAAAUAUACAGAUUACCAAUUUAUUUAGCUGCAAAUAUGUGUAAUACCGUUUUUAGUGAAAUAGAUGAAAAUGGCUAUGAAUCCAAUUUUAUCAAGAAUAAAAAUAUAAUAAGAAAACACAAAAAAUUGAUUAAUUUUAAUUACAAUUAUUUAGGCGAUACAAUUAAUUUAGAAAAUGAUAGUAUAAUAAAUUCUAGUGAUUCAACACCAAUUUUAAAAAAAAAUCAGGAAAAUGAAAAGAGUAAAAGACAUAGUAAUAAGGAAUCAAGCAUUCGAAAAAGGGAUACUAGUAUAUCUACUAUGAAGGCUAUUAAUAUAUCCAAAGGGAGUUUGUCAAAUAAAAAUAUUAAAAAGGAGGUGUCUAGUUUGGGAAAAAGUAAAAUAAGUUCGAAGAAAGUUGUUAAGAAAAUGACAAAAAAAGGUACAAUGCUGAAUAAAAAUGUGGUAGCUACAAAUAAAAAAGACAAUAAAAAUAGAGUGGGUAUGGGUGAAGAAAAAUGUAGUGAUGAUAAAAAAUUAAAAAAAAAAAAAAUAAUGCUAGACAAAAAUGAGAAAGUAAAAAGCAAGGAGGAAGUUACAAAAAAAAAAAAAAUUAUUAUAAAAAAAAAAAAAUGCACACACUUAAUAAAUAAAAGCGAAGAUCCAUAUUUAAUUGGAGAGAACAAUCGUUCGAUAACGUACAACAUGCAUAAAAAUGAGACAAAUGUAAAUUUCGAUAUAGAAUUUGAUGAUUAUAAUAUUAAUAAUGGAAUAGAAAUAAAUGACGGUAGUAUAAGUGACAGAAUACAUGAGAAAGAUAUUAGUAACGAAGAAAAAAUAAAUAUAUCAAUAAAUUCAGAAGACGAAAAUUUUAUAAAUAAACUUGAAUUAUGUAACGUACCAGAAGUUGAUAAUUUUUAUAAAAUGUUUAAAACAAUGAAUCAUAUGUUAAGGAAUAUAAAUAAUAGUAAUUUUUUAAACAAUGUAGAUUUAGAUGAUUUAAUUAAUAUUGAGAAAGAUUUUAUUAAUAAUAAUAUAUACAUUAAUAAAUAUUUAAUAACAACAGAUAUUGAAAAUGACCAAUUGAGAGAAGAAAAAAAUGAAAACGACAGCAUAAUGUAUGAUAACAAUUUUAGUAUAGUUUAUUUAGACAACGAUAUGAUAUAUUUAAAAAAAAAAAAAUUAAAAAAUAUACUUGAUAUAUUAUUACAAAAUAAGUAUUCAUUUUAUGAAAUUAAAAUAACAAUUUUGUUAUUAAAAUUAUUUAUUUCUAUUGAAAAUAGUAAUAUACAUACAAGUAUAUAUCCUCUUACAUUAAUAAACUCCUUAAUACACAAAUUAAACUUAAAAGUUUAUGAUCAAAAUGAAUCAAUUGAAGAUAUUCAAAAUGAUAUAUUUAAUAGAAUUGAAAAUUUUAAUGCAUAUAAAACUAGUCUAGAACAAUCAACAUUUAAUUAUUUAUUUAUAUGUGAUGGAGAAAAUUAUUUAUGUAUAAAUGAUAACUCAUUAAGUGGAGAAACAUACCAAACAAGAGUUAAUAUAAACAACGAAUUGGGAUAUUAUCAUUAUAUUAAUUUGAACAGAUUAACAUAUUAUGUGCAAGGAAAAAAUUAA